CGGGGCGGCACGUGGGCCCGGCUGCAGGGGGCUGAGGCCCAGGCAGCUCGUCACGCGUGUGUCCCUGCCCAGAGAUGGCCGAGUACCGCAGACUGCUGGAGGAGCUGGCCCAGAACAUCACGGCCGAGGACCUGGAGCAGCUGAAGUCGGCGUGCAAGGAGGACAUCCCCAGCGAGAAGAGCGAGGCCAUCGCCACCAGCCACGACUGGUUCGCCUUCCUCGAGAAGCACAGCAAGCUGGACAAGGACAACCUGUCCUACAUCGAGCACAUCUUCGAGAUCUCCCGCCGCCCUGACCUGCUCACCAUGGUGGUGCAGUACCGCACCCAGGUGCUCAAGAUCUCCGAGGAGGACGAGGUGGACACCAAGCUCACCCGCAUCCCCAGCGCCAAAAAGUACAAAGGUGAGACUCCCUCCCUCGCCCUGGGGCAGUGCCAGGGACACCUCUGUCCCCAAGAGCUGUACCAGGACCCCCAGGCAGCACCAAGGACCCCUCCUGUCCCCAAGGGCUGUACCAGGACCCCCAGGGCAGUGCCAGGGACCCCUCUGUCCCCAAGGGCUGUACCAGGACCCCCGGGGCAGCGCCAGGGACCCCGCUGUCCCCAAGGGCUGUACCAGGACCCCCGGGGCAGCGCCAGGGACCCCGCUGUCCCCAAGGGCUGUACCAGGACCCCCGGGGCAGCGCCAGGGACCCCGCUGUCCCCAAGGGCUGUACCAGGACCCCCGGGGCAGCGCCAGGGACCCCGCUGUCCCCAAGGGCUGUACCAGGACCCCCGGGGCAGCGCCAGGGACCCCGCUGUCCCCAAGGGCUGUACCAGGACCCCCGGGGCAGCGCCAGGGACCCCGCUGUCCCCAAGGGCUGUACCAGGACCCCCGGGGCAGCGCCAGGGACCCCGCUGUCCCCAAGGGCUGUACCAGGACCCCCGGGGCAGCGCCAGGGACCCCGCUGUCCCCAAGGGCUGUACCAGGACCCCCGGGGCAGCGCCAGGGACCCCGCUGUCCCCAAGGGCUGUACCAGGACCCCCGGGGCAGCGCCAGGGACCCCGCUGUCCCCAAGGGCUGUACCAGGACCCCCGGGGCAGCGCCAGGGACCCCGCUGUCCCCAAGGGCUGUACCAGGACCCCCGGGGCAGCGCCACGGACACCGCCGUCACCAAGAGCUCUACGGCCGAUGCCCCGUCCCCCGGCGGAGGGAUGGGACAUUGGAGGCGGGGAGGCUGGAGAAGGGGCAAACCAAGUGCAAAUCACUGAUAUGUACAAACUAGACAAGCAUCUCUCUGCAAACGCCCCCGUGGUGGGGAGGAAGGAGUGGACGUAG